GUGGUUGGAGGCAAGGUAAAGAAACCAGGCAAGCGAGGUCGUAAACCAGCCAAAAUAGACUUGAAGGCAAAGCUUGAAAGAAGUCGUCAGAGUGCAAGAGAGUGCAGAGCCAGGAAGAAGCUGAGAUACCAGUACCUGGAAGAGCUGGUUUCAAGCAGAGAGCGAGCCAUCUGUGCUCUCAGAGAAGAGCUUGAGAUGUACAAGCAGUGGUGCAUGGCGAUGGACCAAGGGAAAAUCCCCUCCGAAAUAAAAGCCCUGCUAACUGGAGAGGAGCAGGGCAAGGCGCAGCAGAACUCGGCCAAACUUGCCAAGGCUGGGAAGGCAGAAGCAAACAGCAGCAAUCCCUGAGGCCGAUGGAGAACCUUCCGCACUGCAGCAGAGAUAGCUUGGUAGCCAGCAGAAGAAUGCUGCUGUCAGAGAAGUGGAUGCAUCCCGGGGUGCAGGGGGAAGGAUCCCAGUCCGCUGUCUUCUCUUUGCUCCUCCGCACGUGAAACUCUUUGAUUGUGGUGUUCCUAAGCCUGCAUGGAGUGAGGCUUUUGGGGUAGUAGGUGUUUGUGUAAGCGGAGCCUUGUUCUUCCUUUCUCGACACCAUCCUCCCCAAAAUACAGCUGUGGCAGCUUUUGGGCAUUCCCAGUAAGUGAUGGGGGCUGCCCAGAACCACACUGGCUUUGUGGUCAGUAGUUAUGUGGUUAGUAACCGCUGGGGGAGUCUGAGAGGUUCUGUGAAAUAAAAGCAAGAGGAGGAUCUUGUAACAGCUUUGCUAAAGCCAAAUGGAGUCCUGUA